CAUCGCUCGCGUCGUGCGAUCGCGUAUAGCGUCCCGCAAGCAAGGCGGCCCUCCCUUGUCCCGAACGCCAAGCGCGCCCCUUCGCUCCCGCUCUAUUUAGUCUUCGCCUCCCAACUCCCACUCGUCGCUCCACGCCUUUUCUUCACGUCUCCUUGUUCGUGAUGGAUCACCGCGCCGUCCUCUUCAUUGCCCUCGUCUUCGUCGCGGCGUCCCACGCUGGCGCCCAAUCCCCGGCCGCCGCCCCGACCAAACCCGUCACCCCCGCCCCUACUGCUGCCCCUAUCAAGCCUGCCACUCCCGCUCCCGCUGCCGCCCCUACCAAGCCAACCCCCGCCCCCUCCACAGCUCCGGUUGCCACCCCAGCCAAAGCCCCCGUCGCCGCUGCCCCCACCACUGCCCCGCCUGCCCCCGCCCCCAUGACACCUCCGCCGGUACCCGUGCCAGUGAGUUCUCCGCCUACCCCUCCGCCGACAUUGUCGUCACCGGUGCCGGCACCAGCUGCUCCGGUCCCGGCCGCUGCUCCGCCGAAGCCAACGGAUGUGCCCGCGCCAGCGCCGAGCAAGAGCAAGAAGAAGAAGCCAAAGACGACGAAGAAGAAGAAGCAUAGCGCAGCCCCCGCCCCGGCGCCGUUAGCACACACCCCUCCUGCACCUCUCACCGAGUCGCCGGCGGGGAUCGGCGAGUCGCCAGCACCCAGCCUUGCCGCUGACCAAACCAGUGGUGCGGAGACGCUGCGACACAAAGUAGCAGGUCGCAUGUCGGCGGCGUGGCUUCUGCCGCUGGGCUUCGCCGCACUGGCCUGGAUAUGAAGCUGGCGUAUACGCACACAGAAGCAUAUCUUCUCUCCCCUCCUACUUUUAUUUUUAUUUACGUGUGCCACGUUCAUUUGGAUUUGUUUACUUCAAGAGGAGACAUUGUGGUAGAAUUAAGUUUUAUUUGAGUCAGUGAUGUGCAUUCUUUUUUCUCCUCACUUGGUGUGUUACUGUUAUGGUGUGCUGGAUCAGUUCACAUGCAUGCCAGUCUAAACAUUUUGUCCAGUGUGGGUAUUCAUGUGCAUUAAGUAUUAUUAUACGUUA